AUGGCGGGGACAGCGGCAUGGACCGGCGCCUUCUGGGAAGACCUCAAGUCCGCCAUGCACGCGGUGCCGCCAUGGUCCCUAUGGCUCCUCUUCGCUCAGCACCCUGACAUCCUCGUCAAGUUCCCUGCUCCCCUCUCCUUCCUCAUCGCUCCCGACCUGGGCAUUGUUGCGCGAAUCUGCAGCGAUGGGGACGAUAAGUUGAGGGUGCGGAGAAGCACGAGAGAAACACCAGUGACAUUCGAUAUGAUGGAGGAAGACCUUCGCCGGUGCCAUGAGACCCGAGGGUCUGACGGACAGCCUUUCCUCUGCACUGUGUACGGCGAGGAUUGGUCCCCCUGCUUCGUCGCAGUCGAGCACUUCAAUCUUCUCAUCUUGUGGCUUCGGCAAUCAUGCGGUGAAAUACAUACCACGUUUGGGAUCGAGGAGCAGAAAGAAGCCUCUGCGUUGUUCCCUGAGAAAAUCACUUGCGUUCAGGCAUACAUCCCCUUGCCGACCUUCACAAGGUACCUCACCGUGAGCUUCAAGACCAACCUGAUGUCAAGGUGCGAAGUCUACCGCAUGGAGUGUCACGCUGAGAGCACGCUGGGAGAUAUUGAGCUCGACACCAUCGUGAAGCCGCACAACCCGCACUUCCGGGACUCGAUCGUUCCUCUCGAUCCGAAGAAAGACUCGAUAGCAAAGUACUGCAUCACGAGGACUUCGACCAUGCUGGGGAACCUGAGGAGUCAGAAGCGAGUUCGAAUCACAGCCAUCAUAUGUGAGUUUGUGUUGGACCUUCAUGGCAGCACCUACUGCACGUCGGUGCUGGGGGUAGCGAAGCCCGACGUGAAACCUUUCUUCUACGACAUCAAGCGCCUCAAGAUCAACGACAUGCCUCUCGUCCGCAUCUCCGUGCCCACCAAGAAGCCGCAGAGCCCCACGUUUCGCAAGCGCAAUAUGCUCUCCUCCCAAGAAGUUUCCAAGCAGAACUCGCGGGUGACGGUGUCGUCAGCGAACGAGGCAGAGAUGGCGGAGACCGAAGACAUUCCCCUGAUUGACUUGAGAGAAGUGCAAGCUGACGCCAAGGACGUGUCUGGGAUCAAACUCCCCCUGCACGAGCUGUUGACAAAGAACGGAGAGAAACUGCAUGCGGAAGGGAAAUACUUGGAAGCCAUCAAGACCAUGGAAGAGGCGGAGAAAGCUUUCUUGACGGAGAUGGCGAAGCAGAACCGACUCAAGUCGGACAAGGGUGAAGUAGCGCUCCCCAACGCCCAGUGCUUCAGGUGCGGCGACAUGGUCCGAGUUGACCUGGACAAGCCUGGAUACUCGCACUACGAGUGGAAGGCGAGGGAGGCGGAGGCGUCCCGCAAGAGCGGGAGGAGGGCGGAGGAGAAGACAACAGCGAGGGUUCUCGGGGGGCUAGCGGGGGUGAUCGAGCAACGUCUGGAUAAGAUUGAGAGUGCGCACUACGCGAUGACACCGAGGGAGCCGCUGCCGCAUGACGAUCGGAAAGCUUUCCCGCAGACCAUCUGCAGUCUGUGCCUGGGGGAUGCAGAGAAAGAUAUCAGGAAUCGCCCGCUCGUCCAACGAAUCAGACAGCUAAGGAGUACAAAAUUCUGACUUUUGUAUAUAUACCAUGUUUACAUAAUCACAUACGCAU